UUUUAACCCUGCUCCUUGCUAACCCUUGUCACAAACCUUAUUCAUUUACCCGGAAGGAUGGACCCAGCAGAAUUCCAAAGAUGUUUGUCCUUAGAUCGAAACAAUUUUCUCAGCAUCAAAUCCUUGAAGCAACGCUACAUCCAGAGGAGCCACGAUGGCCGCCUGGGCGGAGGUGAAGGUGGUGGCAGAGGCGGUGGCAGGGGCGGCGGCGGUGGCGGUGGUGGCAGUGGUGCCGAUGCCAACUUCAACCUGUGGAACAGAAGAUUCGACGAAGACUUUGAGACGUUCGUUAAAGAAUUCCCAAUCGACGAUAAUAUUUCGGAGUGUUUCGCCUCUUCGUCCGAUGACACAGUUCGAAACAGCGACAGCACGGUCUCUGGGGAUGACAUGCAGAGAGAUCAGAGGCUGAAGGUGAAAAGCGAGAAAGAUGCACGGUCAAAGGUGACAGAGGCUGUGUGUUUCAUUGAGAAGAAGAUUACACAGAACCGCAAGCAGAAGCCGAGAAUAGGAAACAACUUAUUUCGACGGAAGGACAACGCGGAGCAGGCAUUGAGGGCAAAGAAGUCACUUUCGUAUGAUGACCUCCGACAACCCGAGGAUGACUAUCUUUUUCCACUGAGCGACACGUGUAGCUUGGAGGGUGGUUGCACUGGCCAGAGUGCACGUAUGCGGAAUAAAGCCUUGUUUGGCAGCCAACGCAGGUGUCGGGUGUUAACAGAUUCAAAUGUGAACAAUAACAGGCAGGGACAAAUGAGACCCUGCAGCACCAAAGCUGCCAACACCUUCACCGUCACUGCAGAUAUCACCCCUAAUACUCCAACCAACAAUAACAAUUGCAAUAUUGCAAGCAAUGGCUGUAGUCAUAGUGGCAGUUGCAGCAGCCUCAAUAACAACAGCAAUGGUGUCAAAAGUGGCGCAGAUGUAGAGUGCAAUGGUAAUCGUAACAGCAGGUUUCACAGAGACAGUUUCCGACGACCAAAAGUUGAUGUGGGUCAUAAUGCCUCUAUCUCAUUAGGGCCCAGCAUCAAAGAGAAGGGCAGACAGAGCAACAUGGUUGAUUGUGGUGUCUGGUCCCAUCCACAAAAGGGAUUGGUUACCCACAAAAUCCUCAAGAAGGCACUGAUGGAGUCUCCAAAAUUGAAAGUUGAGACAAAUGGCUUAGCGUUGCUGGGAGACGUCUGCAUGGAAUGUGAAGACCUGAGAAUGUCUGAGAAAGGUUACACUCUGGCACACUGUGCCGCCUAUAACGGACAUCUCCAGUGUUUACAGGUCCUCGUGGAAAAAGCCUUUGAUCUAACAGCAUUGGAUCCCCAAGGGUUGAGGCCCUCACAGGUGGCCCUGUCAGCAGGCCACAUAGACUGCUGGAAUUAUUUGGCUGUUUUUGAGCUGAGUCAUAUUUUAUUGAGAGAAAUGUGCAAUUUUGGGUCUUUGGUGGAGAGGGUCAACAACCAACUGGAAUCCGUGAGAUCAGAAGCUGAAAUGCUGCGUCACACUCUGGAGUCGCGGUCACACGACCUCCGCAAUCAAAUGCAAAGUGUCCGGGAGGUGACCCGAAGCAUACAGAGAAGCCUUGACCCGCACCACCCUCACUCCCACCACCACCACCACCACCACCACCGCCACCAGCAGUCUUCCAAACACCAGUGCCCUGGCCAGCAGGGACCAACCUACCAAGUCAUACAAGAAUCACUCACCUUGCUGGAGAGAGUUGAGUGUGACUUGGCAGAGCUGUGUCGAGUGGACAGCGAUGGUGGAAGUUCGAGGAAGAGCUGUCCAGAGGGGAGCCUGGAGUGGAUACUGAAGCAGAUAGAGAAGCUGGAAAUGGAUGACAGCCACAUCAAUGACAUCAGGCAACUGGAGAAUGUGGAGAAAAGGUGUCGUGUCAUACGAAACUUCCUUUUGCUGGAAGAUGACCAACAGAAUGCGUCCGGGUGGCGAGAGGACUACCAUGAUGGUAUGUCUACCAGCAGCAUGCAGUCGAGCGUCAGCAGCAGCAGCAGCAGCAACAGCGUCAGCAGCAGCACAAGGCUGAGAAGGGUACCGAGGAGGGGCCAGCCGUCUGUUUCCUGCGCCAGCUCCCCAUCAAGCAGAACGAGAGCGGCGCAACACGGCGACCCCAGAUUAAAAAUGUCCGAGGAGCAGCUGCGUCACACGCUUCCACGGAGACGACAGCAGCCACAGCAGCCGCAGCAGCAGCAGAAACCACAAGAACAACAUCAACAACUGCCACAGAGGUGGUUGCAUCAGCAGUGGCACCAGCACCAGCAGCAGUCGCCAUCGAGACAAAAUGCAAGAAGACCCGUGUCAUAUUCAAAGCAGCCUGGUCAUAGAUCCGAUGAAGCAUCUAGAAUGCUUGGUCCCCCACUAAGUGGGAGAGGCCUCGUUCUGGCAUCAUCGGUGACGGAUACCACCGAUAUGGAGAGUUCGAGCGAUUGGGAGAGCAGCAGCCAGGAGAGCAUGGAAAGCAGCAUGAACGCUCGUAGCGAAGGGUCGGUACCUUAUGUGAAAUCAAAGCCUUCCACGUCGAGCAGCUGGAAUUUUGUUCCGCCGAAAUCUGGAGAACGAAUCAACCUGCUCGAUGUCGACGCCCGUGUCCAUGGGAAAUAUCUGCCUCAUCGGUCAUCGGUGGAUCGUCUCACAGACAUGGAGAGCGAGCUGGCGUCCACGAGUGCCAACAUGCAGGAUUCUCCUGGUUCACUUCGGCAAGAACGACUCGCUAACCAUUUCCGAUAUCUGGAGAAAAAUACCAAAAUGCGAGAUGAAGAUCUCCGAGGAGGGGUAACGGCUGUAGAGAAACAUGGACCAAAUACUAAGAACUAUCAAGCAGGGGACACACAUUCGAACUGUCAACCAAACAGCAAGAAUGAAAACGGUAACGGAUGUCAGAAUCUCUCCGAAGGGGACUUCGAAAUGGCAUCACACGCUUCUGCCACUCUUUCUGAGACUGCCGGUAGAACGUUCCAAAAGGGACCCAACUCGGCUCCCUCAACAUCUCGUCCUGAUCAUGAAUUCAGGGGCUGGGCACACAAUGCUAACCGACCCCUCAAGAGAAAUGACAGCUUCCAAAGUAAUGCAAACAUUCAACGGAAAGAUUUCAUUGGUCGAUGCAGGCAGACAAUUGAUGAUGAGGGGUUACCUUUCAACCAAUCAUUUUCACUGGGGGGUUCUCAAACAUCGAACAAGCCUUGGUACGACGUGUCAGAUGACGAUACUUCAGUUUAUACAUCCACGUAUGGAAUUGUAGGAUAUGACUCUGAAAGCUCAUUCUACACCUAGCAGCAGCAGCAGCAGUUGUAUAUAUACUAAGUCUAAGAGAAUAUACAAUAAUAUAAAUGCAGGAGUUUGUAUAUAUGUAUACAUACACACACACGUAUUCAGAUAUACACCUUAAUGUAUAUAUGCAUACAUAUUUAUAUAUUUAUUCAUAUAGAUGUAUAUAUGUGUAUGCAUGUACACAUGCACACACACACACACACACACACACACACACACACACACAUAUUGUGUGUGGACAUGUUGCUGAAUGCACUUUUGCCAAAGGACAAGAAACUGAAGCCAAGAGGCUGAAUGGACAAAAUGCCGAAUGGACAUAAAGGUGAACAGGCAUAAUAA